GUUUAUUUAUCCCAAUUACCUAUUACUUUAAUUUCUAAUAAUAAUAAUAGUAUUCAGUGAUUGGCAAAGUUUAUGUAUCUAUUUAGUUCAAGUGUUAAAAUCACCCGCAGUCUUUGGGGCGGUUCUGUGUAAAUAAAUCGUGUUUUGUUGCGUAUUCGUUCGUGGAUGUGCAAUUUUGUGUAUUGUUUAACUGGUAUAUGUGGCACAAUAGAGCAGUACCAGGUGCUUCGCGAACCGACUAAAUUCGGCUCCGAUCAGCUGUCGCAAGAAACAUGUUUGUUGAAGACCUGAGAGGUGAUUUCUACCAGCGGCUGAUUGGAAAGCGUAUUCUAGUAAUCGUCAACUACGAUAUCGAUGCCAUCUGUACGAGUAAGAUCCUGCAGGCACUCUUCAAGUAUGAUAACAUGCUGUACUCGAUUGUGCCCAUCAUGGGGCUCAGCGGUGUGGUGCGGGCGUACAAUGAGCACAAAGAAGACGUGAAGCUGGUGCUGCUGAUUAACUGUGGCGGCUGCCUUGAUAUUGUGGAGGUCCUUCAGCCGGAGGAGGACAUCAUAUUCUACGUCUGUGAUUCGCAUCGGCCCUAUCACGUUUGCAACAUCUACAGUGAUUCGCAGGUUCGUAUUCUUGGCGAAAUGAAGCCGGAGGAAGGCAUUCCGGAGUUUGAUGCCAUUUUUCCGCAAUCUGAAGCGGAGGACGACGACGACAGCGAUGAAGAGGACGACGGGGAGAAUCGAGCACAAAAUCGAAUUGAAAGGCAUGAGCGACAGGCACUGAAGCGUCGACAAAAACGAGAGUGGGAGGAAAAACGAAAUAAAAUUAUGUUCGACUACACGCAGUUCAACUACUAUAGCAGUAGUUCCGCUUUGAUGAUAUUUGAACUAGCUUGGCAUCUUUCCAAGGACUCUAUUGAUCUGUUAUGGUGGGCUAUAGUUGGUUUAACUGAACAAUUGCUGCUGGGUAAGAUAGAAAGUUCCACGUACACGUUGGCUACAGAUCGAGUUCAGUCACACGUAUCUCGAUUGACGAAUAAAGCCAGUGACCAGACAAUUCAAACAUCGGUAAGGAUAAAUUUUGAAAACGAUCUCCAUUUGGCACUUUAUCGCCAUUGGAGUGUUCUAGAUUCUCUUAAGUACUCAAUUUAUCCGGCUUGCAAACUGAAACUAUGGACAUACAAGGGCGAGAAGGUGAUGCACGAGCUUUUAGUGGACAUGGGCCUGCCAUUAGUGCAAGCAAAACAAACUUUCAAUGCAAUGGAUCUAGAGCUGCGGAAAGAGUUCUACGAAAAAAUGGAAAAGUUCUCCGAAAAAUACAGAUUAACACAUAUAGUGUAUGGUUCAUUUAUCCUGCAAUAUGGCUAUCGAAACAAAUACUCUGCCGCCGAUUACGUCUAUUCUAUGUUAGCCACUUUGGAGUCCAUCAAAGCGGAUCGCACACCGGAAGCGUGCUUUCUACGGUCUAUGGAUGCCUUAUCACGGAAUAACAAAGAUAUAUUGGACGAAGGCAUUGAGAUGGGCAAAGUAUUGUUGUCGACAAUUUUCAAACAGGUUCAAAGCUCGCUGGAAAUGCACGCCGUAUAUUCCGCGGGACCGUUCCUUUACUUUAUUCUUCAGGAGGAAAUACCAUACUUUACCUGCCCGUACGGUCUGCUGAUGCUAGCGCGCUUUUUGCAGCGAGGUCAUGUCGCAAUCUCACGGAACAAACGGGCUCCUGAGCUGCCCAUGAUUGCGGUGGCUCCAAUCGAUUUAGCUCGUGGAUUCUCGCUGCUCGUUGGGACGCCUCCCGUGUGCGAGGACACUAAAAACUUUUUCGGAAAAGCCUUCGAACAAGCGGCAAUGAAAAGUGGAGCCACCAUAUCGCAGGACUUUUUCGAAACGUGCGUCAUUCAGAUUCGUCACUCGGACUGCACCAAGUUUAUGGACGCCCUAACUGUGCUGCUGGUCUAAGUAACUGGUUCGCUGGCUAAUUGUAUAUGUAAGCUAAACGUCGAAAAAUUUAGGAUAGUUUUACUAUUUCA